UGGGCGGCCAUAGCUGGGAGUGAUAGCUGGGAGUGAUGAGGAAGAUAAUUUGUGGGCGGCCAUAGCUGGGAGUAAUGAGGAAGACAGUUCAGUUACUCGUGUUAAUUGCUGAUUCUAAUUCGUAUGUCAUGUGUCUGGACCCCCCCGACUCCGAUAGAGGAGAAGGUACAGGAGACACAAACGACCCGUGCACAGGGAUGGGUGGACGACGCGGGUUGGAAGAGGGUGGGGAAGAAAGGAGGGAAAGGUGGGAAAGAAGCCUGGGUCCAAAAACAACAGAUGGAGCCCGGACUGUCGCGGGACGACACUGGUUGCUCCGGCGGCAUCCCGGGCCCCGCUGUCGGGCGGUACAUCAGGGAGGAGGAAGUGGUGGAUGGCACUGGGACCCACCAAAAGCAACCCGCCCCAGCAGACCAGCGACAAGAGAAACCACAGAGCGGGUCUGAGGUUGCAAGGGGGGAGAGCGGAAAGGAAAGGAUGCUGCGUCAAGAGAUCACCAACAACCCCCCUAAACAGUUGGGACGAGAGUAUGCAAGGAAACAGCAGGAGAGUCAAGUGGGGGUGGGUGAUAUGGAGGUGGAAGCGGGGCAACAGAAACAACAGAGCGGGCCUGAGGCUGCAAGGGGAAAGAGCGGAGAGAAAAUGACGCCAGUAAUGCGAGAAGAGAUCACCAACAACCCCCCCAAACAGUUGGAACAAGAAUGUGCAUGGAAAAAGCAAGGGGGUCAAGUAGGGGUGGGUGAUAUGGAGGUGGAAGUGGGGCUGAAGGGGGAAGGAAACUCGGCGCAUGGAGAAGGGUUAACAGAGGGGAGCGUUCCUGGGGGACUGCCGAAAGACGCUGAUCCCUUCCAUGCAGCCUUUGACCCAGAACCGAUGGAAGUGGACCCCCUUCCGACAAGAGCAAUGAGACGUUCUUCCCAAGGCCUGCCUCCCUCCGAUGGAGCUCUGCUCUUGGAGUUCGAGGAGAUGGUGGAUGCAUUGCUGCAGGAAGCCGCAGUCGAUGAUCAAGCCUCAUCUCUAUCGCUACUCGAAAACCGACAAUUGGGGGGCACCCUAACUUCAAGAAAGGAUAGUCUUUUCACGAAGGGUGCGGCGACGACUACGCGUUUCUACGAUGUCGGAGACGUGGGGGAGGAGGAGGAGGAGGAGGAUGCAGAAGAAGCUAUCGAGCGGAUGACGAGAGAGCUGGAGGAGACAAUGGAUAGGGUGCACCAUCUGGAGCAAGGCUUGAAGAACAUUGACAUGGAGAUCACCAGCCUGCAGCAUGCAUUGCCGGAGGGGGUUGGAAGCCUUGAGAGGGAGAGUGAUUCUGACGUCAGACGGCUGAUGCAUGCAUUUUCUAGCCGCGAGCGCCAGGUUGUCAAGCUCGCGAAAACCGUCGAGGACUCCCGGGCACGAGUGUCCAGAUUGAGGGCUGUUGUUAACGGGUUGGGGGAUCGCGAAGAAAAGGUGAAGCGGGAACUAGCAGCGAUCAAGUUGGUAAUCCCAAAGCUGGAGAGAGACCUGUUAGCAGUGGCAAAGGAUACCUCAGAGGUCGAAAAGGCGCAUGAGAUGAAAGUGGUUGAGCUGCGACAAAGAGUGGAGAAGAUAGAGAAACGUGGAAAAGCGAGGGAAGAAAGGGUAACGAAUGCGUUGGAAGGAUUGAAGAAACAAAUGAAAGAUCUGGAAGAGGAGAUAAAGAUGAGAAAGGAGCAUUCGGCGAUGUUGGAGGCAGAGGUGGAGGCAAAGCACGAAGUCGAGGCAAAAGCAAAAAGCAUCAGAUGUGUCUGGGAGAAGCUGGAAGAGGAGAACAAGCGACUGAACGACGAUAUCGAACGAGCUGAGCAGCGACUAGCGCGUCUUCAGCCAGACAUGUUGAGGCAACUGACAAUGGAAGGCGAACAGAGGAUUGUUGCUGCGCGACAAGAACAAUUGGAGUUGGAAUAUCAGAUUGAAUCUCUACACGAUAGCCGAUUUGACGAUGUCCAAGAAGUGAUGUACCUUAGGUGGGUAAACGCCUGCAUGCGGCAUGAGCUUACAGUACACAAAUGGAGGCCAGGUGAUCCGGAGAUAACGGUCCGGAGGGAUUCGUUAGGCGAUGGAUCGCCGUCGUCCAUUGAUCUGGAUAUGGAUGAUCAUGCUAUCAACAGUUUGAUUGUCGAAGAGGAGGACGAGGGUCGUGCGAAGGCAACACGAGGGGGAGGAGGAGGAGCGGGGGGUAGCGGGGAAAGGCAUCCUGAGAGAGAGAGAGUGGAUGGAAGAAGUGGAGAAAAGCGGCGUGCAGACGGGAGGCGCUCACAGAGGUUCUCAGAGGACGCGGCGGAGCAGGGCGGUGCUGCAGUGGAAGACCAAGGCAUGGUAGCAGCAGCUGCGGAUUCUAGAGAACCACAAAGCUCCGACGGAGCUGCCAAAAGGUCUCCUGACAAGAAGGACAAACCGGUGAAAACAGGGAAUGCGGCUGGCUCUGUGGGGUCUGCUGGUAGUUUGGCGAAGGAGAACAAGGAGAGAAAGACGCGGCCAGUUGUUAAGAGAUUGAAAAUUCCAGCAAAAGGGCAGGAUGUUGAUGAAAAUGACAAACAGAUGAUGAAGGGUCCAUCGGGUGCUGCGUUGGAGAAUAGGGUGGGUGGGAAAACCAAGGAUGCAUCUGACGAUAGGCUGAAGCCGAGGAAGCUACGCCCACCCCCAAAGCCGUCCGAGCGACCAGGAGUUGGUCGUCCAGGUAGUGACCCUGUUGAUUCAGCAGCGUGUAACGUGCCAAGCUCUGGGGCAGUCGGCCGACCUCUCCCACCACCACUGGCGCCGCCGCCGCCUCUGCCGUCAUUGCCUCAAACUGGCAGCGAGGGAGCAUCUGGUCCUGGUCUCCUUCUUUCCGUACCCCCACCGCCUCCGAUUGCGGGAUCCAAUGGCAUGAAGCGGGGACUCGGGAUGGCACAAGGGCAUGGGAUGAAGGAUGCUGCCAUUCAGAGGGCACCAGAGGUGGUGAGACUUUACCAGCUGCUUAUGAAGAGGGGUGCCGGUAGAGAUGCUUCCACCACGACCGUCCAGAAAGGGGCACUGCAGAAAGGAAAUCCAAGGGGACAGCUCAUUGAAGAGAUGGAGAGCCGGUCUGCAUACCUUAUGGCGAUCAAGGAGGAUGUGGAAACGCAAGCAGAAUUUGUUAACAAACUUGUGGAGGAGAUUCACAAUGCGGAGUAUGCUGUUAUUGAGGACAUUCUACUCUUCGUGGAGUGGCUCGACUCUGAACUGUCUUAUCUGGUCGAUGAGCGUGCAGUGCUGAAGCAUUUCGAGUGGCCUGAAGUCAAAGUUGAUGCCCUCAGGGAGGCAGCAUUCGGUUUCAGGGAUCUACAGAGGCUAGAGAAGGACAUACUGGACUUCGACAUCGACGAGUCCCUCGCGUGUGAGACAGCUUGCAAGAGGAUCCAGUCGAUGCUGCAGAAAGUGGAAUCUAUGGUCUACGGUCUUCUGCGUGCGCGUGACAUGCUAAUCCGGCGAUUCCAGGAGUUUGCGAUCCCCACCUACUGGUUGCUGGACAGCGGCAUGAUUGGAAAGGUGAAGCGAGCAACCUUGAGUCUUGCACGCCUUUACAUGCGCAGAGUAUCUGGAGAGUUGGAGGGCUAUGAGGAGGACAUUCAGGAUGAUCCUUCUCGCCAAUUGCUGAUUUUAGAGGCUGUUCGAUUCGCAUUUCGUGUGCAUCAGUUUGCUGGAGGAUUCGACGCUGAGAGUAUGGAGGUCUUCGAGGAGUUGCGCUGUCAUGCUAACUUGUCCACUCGGAAAGUGGGAUGAUGACGGCGGUACGCUCGUCUUCGUCAUCCAAUUCCACUUUUGUUGCUGCUUCGGAAAAACGCCAAGCCCGUGCAAGAGAGGGUGAACUCGGUGAGGACUCGGUGAAGUACACUCACACUCGCAGUGGUUAUAGGCUUAUAUCAUAUGACAAGUCCUUUUCCAGACUCUAAAGUCAACAAAAAGUUGGUGACGGUUGACCAUCGACCGUAUGCAGAUACGAGUUAUGAACAAGAAAAUAUCGACUUGUUAUCUUGUCGCCGGUACGCACAGGAGGACAAGGGGAAAGACCAGUUUGUUCCAGGAGUGAGUUCCUGUGGGUCUGAAGCACACUGACCAUUCGUAGUGCUGCCAUGUGGCACUGCAUUGUCAGCAGGUGAUUGGAGACGAUGAAUUCAAUUUGGAGGAGGCAGAAAAUGUAGAAGCGUUCGGCGAACCAAAAAUGGUUCUGCCUCAACAAAUAGAAAGGAUACGC